AUCAAAUAGUCUUUCAAUGAAAUCAAUAUUAAUUGCGUAGUUUUCCAUACAUUUCAGCUGUUGUCAUACCUUUCUUGAACUGGGAAGCAGCGCAACUUCUUUGUGAAAGAAUCCGUCAUCUGAAAGAACUUUCUCAACUCAUAUUGAAAGAAAAGCAGGUUGACGAAAGACGGCAGAAAAUGAAGAGUUGGAUUGGAUAUCAUCAAGAAAUUUUAGGAAUCAUAGAAGACCAGAACAGCGAAGUAAAAUCAUGUAUGGGACAUAUGACAUUGAUAAGUGCACUUGCGAUUGGUUGUUGUAUCAAUCAGUCAUUCAGUAAUUACAAUCCUGUGGGAGCACUCUGUACGCUCAUAGGCUGGAUCAUUAUUUUGUUUUUUCUUUGUGAUGCUGGCCAGAUGAUAACUGAUAACACAGAAUCCAUAGCUGAAGCUGUUUAUGACAUGAAAUGGUACGAGGCAGAUAUUCUAACCAGGAAAGAUCUCCUUUUCAUAUUGAUUCGUACUCAAAAACCGAUGGAACUGGAUGCCCUCCCACUGGGAACACUAAACUAUGCCUUGUAUCUGAUGAUCCUGAAGACUUCAUAUUCAUAUGUUACUCUGCUCACUAACAGCACCUAAAUGAAUUAUAAUUAUUGGUUCUGCAGCGAUUCGCUGUCACUUCUGAUUCAUCACCUGAUGUUUAAUUUUCUACUGUUUUUCCAUUAUUGGAACAUAUAUGAACAGAUAUAUCACUAAUAGACAUAGAUGGAUGAAAAUAUCACACAACAUGACUCUACUCACUAACAACACAUGAA